AUGCCUCAAGAGAACGGAUAUCAUGGAAAUCGACAGAAUUCUAGUCGAUCCAUACAUUCCCGUGCUAGUACGGCUGGAAAUGACGAUGGAAUCGAUCGCAGUCGGCGAAAUCGCGAGCUUCGAGAACGCGGAUAUUAUUCCGAACUAGCAACCAUUGAUCCCGACACCAGAUUUCAAAUUUCACAACAAGCUCCAAUUGCACAUGAUGACGUUCUACGUGAAACGUUUCGUCUAUCGAAUUCAGCUCGAGCAAGUAUUUUCGAUUUGCAAGGAAUCGAUGUGGCACAAAUCUUGGCCAAUAGUAAAGAAGGAGAGUUUACUACUGAAUACAAACGCAGUGAUAUCUAUUUGGAAAAAACAUACGAGCCAAAAGUUUUUAUGCCGUUCUAUACGGCACCGUAUAAACUACCAAGAAAAGUCGAAAUCGAACGACGAAAACGUCUGUAUCUAUCACUGGAUCUACCAAGUUUACUCGAGGAACGAAAUAUUGAUACAGAUAAAUUGAUGCCAAAAUAUGUACCUGCUGAUAAAGUUGUUACAUUGAAUAUUCCGAAUGAAGAUCCAGCACCAUUCGAUUCAUUUUUGCCAUUAUAUUACUUUGACGAUACCGAUUUCGAAAUUUGGACACCGGAAUCAUGGCUUGCGCUAGGCCAUGAUCCAUUUACCGGCUUAAAUAAACCAUUACCCGGUGUUGCUCUUUUACCGAACAUACCUGCUGAUCAAAUUACUGAUAUCAAAGAUAGUAAUCUUCGUUUCCACUGGCAUAAUGUUAGUAUCCAUGACUACGAUGCGGAACAACAAUUGUGGCUUGUAACACCGGACGAUCGAGAACAUGAUGUGUUCGAUAUGUAUCGCUCAACAAAACGAAGUCGUAAAGAAAUAGAAGCUGCUGAAAAUGGUUCACGAUCCGGCGCAAGCUCUGCUACGAACGGUUUGUACAUCUAUUCGAAUUUCUCGUACACAUUAAAAGUGUUUGCAGGUCAUCGUCAUAAUUAUUCACCUGAUGGCACCCAUGGUCGCUACUGGGUUCCUCGUAUUCAAUUACAUUUUCUAGCUGAAGAUCCACGUGUAUUUGCUGAUCGUGUGGCAAAAGCCUAUCAUGAUCGAAAACGUACUGAAGCUGAACUUCGCUCAACAUUAUUCAUUGAUUGUAUGCCCACCGAUGGUACCGGUAAACUUGACGACGAGCGUAUCAAACGAAUGAUUGAAUUAACUAAAACAAGUGCCAUUUCGAAAACAAUCAAAGACGAGUACGUUACACCAAUUGUCGAAGAAGUCAAUUUAGAUUAUGCACGUACGAUGAAUUCGAUGAUAUUCGAAAAUGUUACACAAUCGGAUCCGAUUUCCUUUGCGUUUAUUACUCUACCAAUCAAACAACGUCGACCUGUACCUCGUUCGGGUUGUAUUAGCAUUCCAGAAUACUCUUUCAAUGAAGUGUUCGAUCAAUUCAAAUUUAUUUCCUUGUUAACAUCGAAAUCAGCGAUCGAUGCGUUGAAACUCGUUCGAACCGAAUGUGAUUAUGUGGUUAACAAUUUAAGUUUAUUGCAAAAGAAUUUUCCAAAACAUGUCAAACUCGAUGAAUUCGAAAGUAUGCAAGUCAAUCAAACAUCAACCACACAUAUGUAUCUAACUGACACAUGGAAAAACAAUCUCCGACAAGGUAUUAAGACACAAUUCAUCGAUGUUGGCCGUGGAUGGUACAAUAUCAACGAGUCAGACUAUCAUAUAUAUAAAGUAUCAAAAUUGAAGACGUUUAUCGAACGUGUGAAGUUCAUGAUGCAAGAUACGCUUCGAUUUCUUGUUCAAGAUUCAUGCCAAAACUAUGUUCGAAUGAUUGUCGACGCUUGUACGCCAGUUUUAGAUAUGAAAGAAGGCUUCAAAUGGCCCAAAGAUGACUUAAUCACAACUCCUUAUAAACCACCGAAGAAUCCAUUAUUUCAUUUGGAUUUAACUAUUGAUCAAGCUGGUCCACGCUACGUAACAUCUUACGAAAGUUUUCCAAACAUAAUCCUUGGUGCCUUCGAUCGUGCGAUUUUACAAACUCAUGCUAUACCACAAAUCGAAAAAGAUGUGAUGGAAAAUAUCUUUUGGGGUGGUGAAAUGUUACGGUUAGAAUCCGUUGCUUUACAAGAAAAGAAAGUGAUCGAAUGGCGAGAAACAUUACAGAAAGCUGUCUAUGCAUCGCUUGUUCCGUUGAAAGCUUAUGCUGAUGCUUAUGAGUCAUAUGCACCAUUGAUGAAUUUGAACAUCGAUCAAUAUAUCAAAGAUUUUGAGAAAACGGAAAAAUCGAUCGAAGAUUAUCGAAAUGAAAUUCUAGUUCAUAUUCACGAAAAAGACAAAUUAGAGAAGAGUAUUCCAACUUCGAUCAUCAUUGGUCCUUAUUUCAUUUCCGCACACAAAUUGCGAGAAGCUUUGUCGAAUAAACGAAAAGCAUUAGUCGAAGCUUUGUUGGCAAGUCAAACACGAAAAGCACGAACGAAAACAGAAGAACUCAACGAUACUUUCCGUGACAUUCAAAGAAAGUUAUACGAAAAAGCAAACAAUGCAGAAGAUCUCUCUGAGCAUCGCGAAUGGAUGAAAUCAGUUCCCGAACAAGUUGAUGAUAAAAAAGAUGAUAUUCAAAAAGUACUUGAAGAGUAUGUUGUACUUGAUGAAUUCAUGUACAAUUUAAGUAAUGAAGAUUUCGGAUUGAAGUACGGUGUAUUAGCAUGGCCAUGGAAAAUUCGAACUAUGCUUGAACAAGUUGAAGAACAGCAUAAGGAAGAUGAAGAUCGUUUUAAGAAGCUCCAAGUUCAAGAUACAGCUACACUUAACGACAAGAUCGACCAACUUAUAAUGUCUGUUGCCGGUCUUUCGGGACAUAUGAGUAUGGAUCGCGCACAUGAAGUGGCGAAUGAAUGUCGUAAAUUGAACAAAGCACUGAAAGAAUGUGUCGAAGCGUCACAAACAUAUAACAAUCGCGAACGUCUUCUCGGUUUGGCUGUUACAAAUUACGAAAAAUUAACCCGACUUGUGAAAGAUUUCGAACCGUAUCGUAUCCUCUGGUCAACAACGUCCGACUGGCUUCGUUCAUAUGACAGUUGGAUGAACGAUCCGAUCAUUUCAGUCAACGCCGAAGAUAUCGAAAAGAAUGUUACUGAAAUGUACAAAAACACGCACAGAUCGAUAAAAACCUUUGCGGACAAUGAAGGUAUGCAGUGUGCAACGUUUCUUUUCCGAGAAUAUCUCAGUUACACAUACAUGUUUUCAGCGAAAUUUGUUCUACUCGCUAAAAUUGAUGACCCUGGCAUUCAGUUGGUAGCAUUAACAAUCAAAGGCCAGAUCGAAGAUUUCAAACCUUCAAUUCCACUCAUUCAAGCAUUACGUGCACCUGGUAUGCGCAAUCGCCACUGGGAAGAGCUUUCGGAAUUAGUCAAAAUGGCUGUUCGACCAAAGAAAGAACUAACCUUUGCUAAAUGUCUCGAGAUGGGCUUACAAAAGCAUAUCGAUUUGAUAUCGAAAGUUGCAGAAAAAGCUGGCAAAGAAUUUUCUAUCGAACAACAACUCGACAAAAUGGAACAAGAAUGGAAACCUAUUCGAUUCGAAGUUUUACCCUACAAACAAACUGGUACAUAUAUUAUCAAAGCAUCCGAAGAAAUUUCUCAAAUGCUCGAUGAUCAUAUCGUUGCUACACAAUCAAUGUCGUUUUCGCCAUUCAAGAAAGCAUUCGAAGAGCGUAUUGCUCAAUGGGAGAAUAAAUUGAAAAUUACACAAGAAGUACUGGACGAAUGGCUUGCCUGUCAGCGUUCAUGGCUGUAUCUCGAACCAAUCUUUUCAUCGGAAGAUAUCAUACGACAGUUGCCUGUAGAAUCGAAACGAUAUCAAACAAUGGAACGUAUCUGGCGUAAAGUUAUGAAACAGGCAAAGGAGAAUCCCGAAGUAAUUUCGUUAUGUCCUGAAGCACGUUUACGUGACAACCUACGUGAAGCAAAUAAAUUACUUGAACAAGUACAAAAAGGUUUGAGCGAAUACCUCGAAACCAAACGUAUGGCAUUUCCACGAUUCUAUUUCUUGUCGGACGAUGAACUUCUUCAAAUUUUGUCACAAACUAAAGAUCCGAAAGCUGUACAGCCACAUUUACGUAAAUGUUUCGAAAAUAUCACUAAAGUUAAAUUCGAAGACGAUAUGCGUAUAUCGAGAAUGUAUUCUGCUGAACAAGAAGAAGUCGCUUUUCGCAAAGAGAUCUAUCCUGUUGGUAAUGUCGAAGACUGGAUGUGUGAAAUCGAACGUGUCAUGCGUGAAACAUUGCGACAAAUUAUUCGAGAUGCUUUAGACGACUAUACAUCACGACCACGUAAGCAAUGGGUACAGUAUUGGCCCGGCCAAAUCGUUGUUGCUGGUUCGCAAACAUUCUGGACUAGACAAGUCUCGGAAGCCUUGGAAAAGAAAGAAAUCAUGAAAUAUCACAAACAACAAUUACACGAGCUGGAUGAAUUGAGAGAAUUAGUACGCGGCGAAUUAACUGAUAAUGCACGUGAAACAUUGAAAGCAUUGAUUGUUAUUGAAGUACACGCACGUGAUGUGGUCAUCAAUCUCAUCGAGGAAAAAGUUAUGAAUGUCAAUGAUUUUGAAUGGAUCUCACAACUACGUUAUUAUUGGAAUGAAGAUCAUCUCUACAUUCGUGCUGUCAACGCAGAAUUUCGUUAUGGUUAUGAAUAUUUAGGUAAUACACCACGUUUAGUUAUUACACCUUUGACCGAUCGAUGUUAUCUGACAUUAACUGGCGCUUUACAUCUGAAAUUUGGUGGUGCACCAGCUGGGCCCGCCGGUACAGGAAAAACGGAAACAACUAAAGAUUUAGCUAAAGCGAUGGCUGUUCAAUGUGUCGUGUUUAACUGUUCUGAUCAAUUAGAUUUUAUGGCUAUGGCCAAGUUUUUCUGCGGUUUAGCAAGUGCUGGUGCAUUUGCAUGUCUUGAUGAGUUCAAUCGUAUAGAUAUUGAAGUCUUGAGUGUUGUUGCUAACCAAGUUUCAACAAUUCUUCGUGCAUGUCAUGCUGGUGCAUGGGCUUGCUUCGAUGAAUUUAAUCGAAUCGAUAUUGAAGUACUUUCGGUAGUUGCUCAACAGAUUCAAGUGAUUAAUCAGGCUUUAAUGCAAAAGGCUGAGAGAUUCAUGUUCGAAGGCAAAGAAAUCGUUCUCAAAUCCUCAUGUGCUGUUUUCAUUACAAUGAAUCCAGGUUAUGCUGGACGUACUGAAUUACCCGACAAUCUUAAAGCUUUAUUUCGACCAGUCGCUAUGAUGGUUCCUGACUAUGGUCUUAUUGCUGAGAAUUCGCUGUUUUCGUUUGGCUUUUCCGAUGCUAAACCUUUAGCGAAAAAGAUUGUUCAAACGUUCAAAUUAUCAUCCGAACAAUUGAGUUCACAAGAUCACUACGAUUUCGGUAUGCGUGCCGUCAAAUCUGUCAUUUCAGCAGCUGGCAAUCUCAAACGACAAUAUCCAAACAUGAAUGAAGAUUUAAUUUGUCUGCGAGCUAUUCGUGAUGUUAACAUUCCGAAAUUUCUGCAAGAUGAUUUGAAACUAUUUACUGGUAUCGUUUCUGAUCUGUUCCCGAAGAUUAAAGAGGAACCUAUCGAUUAUAAAGUACUGGAAGAAGGUUUACGUCAUGCAUGUCGUCAACUUAAUCUGAAAGAUGUUGACGGAUUUUUACUCAAAUGUAUCCAGUUAUUCGAAACAACCAUUGUCCGGCACGGUCUGAUGCUUGUCGGUCCAACAGGCUCUGGCAAAACGAAGAGUUACGAAUCUUUACAAAUAGCUAUGACACAUAUGAAAGGAAAAAUCAAUCCGGCCGGCUCACCGUUCAAACCCGUGCACACCUAUGUUCUCAAUCCAAAAUCCAUUACUAUGGGUCAAUUGUACGGUGCAUUCGAUGAAUUAACUCAUGAAUGGACUGAUGGUAUACUUUCUACUUUGAUGCGACAAGGUGUAGCUGCCGAAAAUGAUGAUAAACGAUGGUAUCUAUUUGACGGUCCUGUCGAUGCUGUAUGGAUCGAAAAUAUGAACACAGUACUAGACGACAACAAAAAACUAUGUUUAAGUAGUGGUGAAAUUAUCAAAAUGACUGAAGCGAUGACAAUGAUGUUUGAAGUUGCUGAUCUCUCUCAAGCAUCACCUGCUACUGUAUCUCGUUGUGGUAUGGUCUACUUAGAACCUUCAAUUCUCGGUCUACAACCAUUCAUCGAAUGUUGGAUGAAAAAGUUACCCGAUGCAAUCUUUAAACACUACGAACAAAUCAAUCAACUAUUCGCUAAUUUUCUCGAACCAUCCUUGAAAUUCAUACGAAAGAAUGUGAAAGAAAUUAUUCCGACAUAUGAUAGUAAUUUAACAUUUAGUUUGAUAAAAAUGCUCGAUUGUUUCAUUCAACCAUUUCGACCGCGAGAGAAAGGACAACGUCAGGGUCGUUCCGACAAACCAGCUCCGCCCGAAGCAGCUGAACGUGUUACUGAACUUAUCGAACCGUGGUUCAUUUUCUCACUUAUCUGGUCCGUUGGUGCGUCAUGUGAUAAUGACUCGCGUCGAAAAUUCUCCGAAUGGUUACGUCAAAAACUCGUACACAAUCCGAUAAAACUUGCGAUUCCUGCCGAGGGACUCGUUUACGAUUAUGUGUUCGAUGAUGGUGGUAUUGUUCAGCCAACAGAAGAACAAAAAGCUAAUGAAGAAGAAGGCAGUGACGACAGUAAGAAACGUCAACCACGAUGGAAGCAUUGGUUAGCCGAUUUGCCGCCAUUUCAAAUAUCGAACGAUGCGAAAUUUUCGGAUAUACUUGUGCCAACUAUUGAUAACAUCCGUAAUGCACAUAUUAUCGAAAUGUUACUUCGAAUGGAUCGACCAGUGCUCUGCGUUGGUCCGACAGGAACGAGCAAGACAUUAACAGUUGCUGAUAAAUUAACGCGUUCUAUGCCAAAAGAAUUCAGUCCUGAGUUUAUUGUCUUUUCAGCGAAAACAAAUGCAAAUCAAACGCAAGAUUUAAUCGAUUCAAAAUUAGAUAAAAGACGUCGUGGUAUUUACGGUCCACCAUUAGGCAAAGUGUUUCUGUUCUUUAUCGAUGAUUUGAACAUGCCAGCUCUGGAAACGUACGGUGCUCAACCACCAAUCGAAUUGAUUCGACAAUACAUGGACUUUAAAGGCUGGUACGAUCGAAAAGUUGUCGGCGAAUUCCGUACAUUAGUUGACAUUAAUUUCAUCUGUGCGAUGGGUCCACCAGGUGGUGGUCGUAAUCCAGUUACACCACGGUUGACACGUCAUUUCAAUUUCUUAUCAUUUACUGAACUGGAAAACGAUAGCAUGAGAAAGAUCUUUUCAACGAUAUUCAACUGGUGGACGAGACAAAACGAAUUUGUCUUGGGUCUUAGCGAGAAACUGGUCAUGUCGUCGAUUGAAGUUUAUAAAACAAUUUGUGCAUCGUUGCUUCCAACACCGAGCAAAUCUCAUUACACGUUCAAUCUGCGAGAUUUGUCCAAAGUUUUUCAAGGAAUGUUGAUGAUGGAGGCGAAGAAAAUUGAUAAUGUCGAGAGUCUACUUCGUUUAUGGUACCAUGAGAACUGUCGUGUGUUUCAAGAUCGCUUGAUCAAUGAUGAAGAUCGAGAUUGGUUCCGUAACUUACUUGCUGAACAUAUGAAAUCGGAUUUCAGUAUGAAUUUCGAGAAUGUUGUACAAGAACCUGUACUCUAUGGUGACUUUGUCGCUCAAACAGCUGAUAAAUCUUAUCAAGAACUGAACGACGUGAAACUGAUGAAGAAACGUUUAGAUGAAUACUUAGAAGAGUACAAUCAAAUCAAUGUUGCUAAAAUGAAUCUGGUGUUAUUUAUGGAUGCCAUGAAGCAUAUUUCAAGAAUCAUACGUGUUAUCAAACAACCGCUUGGUAAUGCACUGCUGUUAGGUGUAGGCGGUUCUGGUCGACAAUCACUCACACGACUUGCCACAUUCAUUUCGGAAUAUGAGCUUCGUUCAAUUCAACUAUCCAAAAGUUAUGGUAUGACGGAAUGGAAAGAUGACUUGAGAAAAUUUAUGCUACACGCUGGUCUUCGUAACACUCCAACGGUGUUUCUCUUCUCGGAUACACAAAUCAAAAGCGAAUCGUUUUUGGAAGAUUUGAACAACAUCCUAAAUAGUGGUGAUGUGCCAAAUAUUUAUCAAUUUGAUGAACUCGAACAAAUUUAUACUAUUAUGAAACCGGUUGUAUCCGAAGCUGGACUACCACCAACUAAAACGAAUCUUUAUUCAGCUUAUACAAAACGCGUGCGACAAAAUCUGCACACUGUCGUUUGCAUGAGUCCUAUUGGUGAAAUUUUUCGUGCUCGACUUCGUCAAUUUCCGGCUUUGGUGAAUUGCUGUACAAUCGAUUGGUAUUCUGAAUGGCCAAAAGAUGCUUUGGAAGCUGUCUCAGAGACUUACUUGAACAAUAUGCCAACGUUAGAGGCUGAUGCAAAAGUUGUCCAAGGUCUAGUCAAGUUGUGUCAAGAGAUCCAUCAAUCUGCAGCUUUGAUGACAACAAAAUAUCGUGAAGAAAUGAGUCGACAUAACUAUGUUACACCGACAUCUUAUCUUGAACUGUUGAAUAUCUUUUCGAAAAUCUUCGGCAAGAAAAAAGAUGAACUAGUGUUAGCUAAACGACGUACGAAAACAGGUUUGGACAAAUUGUUAUCAACGGAGAAAGACGUGGCGAAAUUGCGUGUUGAAUUAAAUGAAAUGCUACCCUUACUUGAUCAAGCUGUACAAGAAACGAACGAAACCAUGGCGAAAAUCGCCGAAGAUACGUCAAGCACGGAAGAAAUCAAAACUAAAGUAGCCAGCGAAGAAGAAGAAGUACAGAAGAAAGUCAAAGAAACUCGUGCUAUCGCCAGCGAAGCAUCAGAACGGCUUGCAGAAGCUAUGCCUGCACUCGAAGCUGCAUUACAAAGUCUUGAAGUUCUAUCGAAAAAUGAUAUCAACGAAGUACGUGCUCUACAACGACCUCCGCAAGGUGUCAAAUUAACAAUGGAAGCCGUGUGUAUUCUAAAACAAGUUGAACCACUGAAGGUGCCUGUACCAAAUAAGCCAGGCAAGAAAGAAGAUGAUUAUUGGGAACCUGGUCGUGGUUUAUUAGCUGACGCCGGUAAAUUUCUUCUAUCACUGCGAGAGUUCGAUAAAGAAAAUAUUCCGGAAAUUGUUAUACAGAAACUACAAAAACAUAUUGAUAGUCCUGACUUUGAUCCGAUUAAGAUUGAGAAAACGUCGAAAGCGUGCAAAUCGCUAUGCAUGUGGUGUCGAGCAAUGUACGCGUUCUAUAUGAUUAACAAAGAAGUCGCACCACGUAAAGAAGCGCUAGCAAACGCUGAAGCUGAAUUAGCUAUUGUUAAAGAAGUAUUGGCGACAAAGAAACGUGAAUUGAAAAAAUUGGAAGAAGGUUUAAGAACAUUACAAGUCAAAUAUGAAGAUGCUGUACGAAAGAAAACAGAAUAUGAAACUAAAGUUGACGAAUGUAAUCAACGAAUUGCGCGGGCAGAACGAUUAACAACUGGUUUGGGCGAUGAAAAAAUUCGUUGGCAGGAAAAUGUUGCGAUGUUGGACAAUUUUCUAGGAAAUGUCAUCGGCGAUGUGCUCGUUUGUUCGGGAUUUAUUGCAUAUCUUGGUCCGUUUACUGCUGAAUACCGUGAAAAUAUGGUCCGAGAAUGGAUUACAAAGUUAACUGCAUACAACGUACCACAUUCCGACAAUCCAGAAUUAGUUCGAGUUUUGGGUGAUGCUGUCAAGAUUCGUAAUUGGCAAUUAGCUGGCUUACCAAAGGAUAACUUAUCCGUACAAAACGGUGUGAUCGUUCAAUAUUCAAAUCGUUGGCCACUAUUCAUCGAUCCACAGGGACAAGCAAAUAAAUGGAUUAAAAAUAUGGAAAAAAAUACUGGCCUAGACGUGAUGAAACUGUCGGAUCGUGAUUAUUUACGAACAUUAGAAAAUUCGAUUCGAUUCGGUAAACCAUGUCUACUAGAAAACGUAGGAACAGAUAUAGAUCCUGCACUCGAACCUGUUCUACUACGACAAACUUUCCGCCAAUCGGGCAGCACCGUAAUCAAGCUGGGUGAUGCUACUAUACCGUACCAUGAUGAUUUUCGUUUUUAUAUUACCACCAAACUGCCGAAUCCACACUAUACGCCAGAAAUAUCGGUUAAAGUAACAUUGGUGAACUUCACGUUAUCCCCAAGUGGUUUGGAAGAUCAAAUGUUAGCACGUGUUGUUGCUGAAGAGCGUCCUGAUUUGGAAGAAAUGAAAAAUACAUUGAUUAUAUCCAAUGCCACUAUGCGCAAUGAACUGAAAGCGUUAGAAGAUACGAUUUUGGAAAAAUUAAGUACAAGUGAUAAUCCGGUCGAUGAUAUCGAAUUAAUCACAGCUCUGGAGGCAUCAAAAGCUAAAUCUACAGAAAUCAAAACGAAAAUGCAAGCGGCCGAACAGACAGAAAAGGAUAUUGAUAUAACUCGCGCUGAAUAUGUUCCUGUCGCCGUGAAUACACAAAUCUUGUUCUUCUGUGUGUCUGACUUAGCAAAUGUUGAUCCAAUGUAUCAGUACUCAUUAGAAUGGUUCACAAACAUCUUCUUAACCAGCAUUCAAAGUGCACCACGAGCAGAUAAUUUGGAAAAUCGCAUCAAGAACAUCAACGAUUAUUUCACGUUUAGUCUUUAUUGCAAUGUCUGUCGAAGUUUAUUUGAAAAACAUAAAUUAUUAUUUGCAUUCUUAUUAACUGUACGAAUAUUAAUGAAUCAAAAGAAAAUCCAAAUGAACUGUUCUAUAUCAUCUCAACGUUUGACUAUUCAAUAA